GGGCGGGGGUACAGCCUGGGCAGGGGCUGGGAGUCGGGCCGAGCUGCCUCUCCCCUCCCCCGCUGGCCUGCAGCGUCCCGCCGGUUGGAAGCGCUGGAGAAGUUGAGCGGCUCCCGAGCCGGCCUUGGGGGCUGACAGUCGGCAAAGUUUGGCCCGAAGAGGAAGUGGCUUCGAGCCCCGGCAGGUGGCGGCCAGGCCUGGACAGGGGCGUCGCCGCCUGCGGGCCGGCUGUAGGCGAGGGCGUGCCCCAGCACCCGGCCGCAAGCCGAGUCCCGGGGCUUCGGGAGCCGGCCCCAGGAGAGCGGACGCGGCAGCGGAGGGAGAAAACAACUCUGAAGUUAGCGAGAGGCACCUCCCCGACUCCUGAGCCGCCGCCGCCGCCGCCUCCCUGCCCCCAGCGCUGGCAUCCAGAGCACGGGUCAAGCCUGGGCCAUGGAGCCCCCUCGGGAGGUGGCACCGGGGGGCCUGGACGCCCGGAGCGCCACUGCCUUCCUACUAGGUAGACGACAGAAGCCCAGGGACUCUUCCUGCACCUCCAGACGGCCCAGGAUGCUGCCAGCCAUCCUCCUCCUUCUCUUCCUUGGAGGCGCUCUGGCUCAUCCAGACCGAAUCAUUUUCCCAAAUCCUGCUUGUGAGGACCCUCCAGCUGUGCUCCUGGAAGUGCAGGGCACCUUACAGAGACCCCUGGGCCAGGACAGCCGCAGCUCCCCUGCCAAUUGCACCUGGCUCAUCCUCGGCAGCAAGGAGCAGACUGUAACAGUCAGGUUCCAGAAGCUGCACCUGGCCUGUGGCUCAGAGCGUUUAAUCCUGUGCUCCCCUCUCCAGCCACUGAUCUCCCUGUGCAAGGCACCUGCCAGUCCUCUGCAGCUGCCUGGGGGCAACGUCACCAUUACCUACAACUAUGCCGGGGCCAGAGCACCCGUGGGCCAGGGCUUCCUGCUUUCCUACAGCCAAGAUUGGCUGAUGUGCCUAGAGGAGGAGUUCCAGUGCCUAAACCACCGCUGUGUACCUGCUGCCCAACGCUGUGAUGGCAUUGAUGCCUGUGGUGAUGGCUCUGAUGAAGCAGGUUGCAGCUCAGACCCCAUCCCCACCUUGCCCUGCAAUCUCACCUUGGAGGACUUCUAUGGGGUCUUCUCUUCCCCUGGAUACUCACAUCUGGGCUCAGUCUCCCACCCCCAGUCUUGCCACUGGGUGCUGGACCCCCACGAUGGCCGGCGGCUGGCAGUGCGCUUCACGGCCCUGGACUUGGGCUAUGGCGAUGCAGUGCAUGUGUAUGAUGGCCCUGGGCCCCCCGAGACCUCCCGGCUGCUGCGCAGUCUCACCCGCUUCAGCAAUGGCAAGGCUGUCACUGUGGAGACGCUGUCUGGCCAGGCCAUUGUGGCCUACCACACAGUUGCUUGGAGCAGUGGUCGGGGCUUCAACGCCACCUACCACGUGUGGGGCUACUGCUUGCCUUGGGACCGACCCUGUGGCUUAGGUUCUAGCCUCGGGGCUGCCGAAGGCCUAGGUGAGCGCUGCUACAGUGAGGCACAGCGCUGUGAUGGCUCGUGGGACUGUGCUGAUGGCACAGAUGAGGAAGACUGCCCCGGCUGCCCACCCGGACACUUUCCCUGCGGGGCUGCCGGCACCCCUGGUGCCACAGCCUGCUACCUGCCUGCUGACCGCUGCAACUACCAGACUUUCUGUGCUGAUGGAGCAGACGAGAGACGCUGCCGGCACUGCCAGCCUGGCAACUUCCGAUGCCGGGACGAGAAGUGUGUGUAUGAGACGUGGGUGUGCGACGGGCAGCCAGACUGUGCCGACGGCAGUGAUGAGUGGGACUGCUCCUAUGCCCUGCCCCGCAAGGUCAUUACAGCUGCAGUCAUUGGCAGCCUGGUGUGUGGUCUGCUACUGGUCAUCGCCCUGGGCUGCACCUGCAAGCUCUAUGCCAUUCGCACCCAGGAGUACAGCAUCUUUGCCCCCCUCUCCCGGAUGGAGGCUGAGAUUGUGCAGCAGCAGGCACCCCCUUCCUAUGGGCAGCUCAUUGCCCAGGGUGCCAUCCCACCUGUAGAAGACUUCCCUACAGAGAACCCUAAUGAUAACUCAGUGCUGGGCAACCUGCGUUCUCUGCUACAAAUAUUGCGCCAGGAUAUGACUCCAGGCAGUGCCUCAGGUGCCCGCCGCCGCCAGCGGGGCCGCUUGGUACGCCGUCUGGUGCGCCGUCUCCGUCGCUGGGGCCUGCUUCCUCGAUCCAACCCCUCAGCUCGGGCCGCUGAGACCAGAUCUCAGGUCACAACUUCCGCUGCUCCCCUUGAGGCCCUAGAUGGCAGCACAGGUCAAGCUUGUGAGGGCGGGGCAGUGGGUGGGCAGGAUGGGGAGCAGGCACCCCCACUGCCUGUCAAGGCCCCCCACCUAUCUGCCAGCACAUUUCCAGCCCUCCCUAUUGUCCCCGAGACCCCAGGGCCACUACCCUCAGUGCCCCUAGAGCCAUCACUAUUGUCUGGAGUGGUGCAGGCCCUGCGAGGCCGCCUCCUGCCCAGCCUGGGGACCCCAGGACCAACCUGGACCCCACCCGGACCCCACACAGCAGUCCUGGCCCCAGAAGAUGAGGACGAUGUGCUGCUAGUGCCACUGGCUGAACCAGGGGUCUGGGUGGUCGAGGCAGAGGAUGAGCCAUUGCUUGCCUGACUGAGGGGACCUGGCUCUCCUAGGGGCUCUAGUCAUAAUGGCAUGGCCCUUUAGAGGGUGGCUCAGCUUCCUCUUCACCACUUCUUCCCUGUCCCUUGGUCUGAGGAGACUCAUUGGGCCUCCCAUUGACUCUGUGUGGCUGCUGUAAAGUUAGGUGUCCCUCAGGCAGAGAGAGGGCUCACAGAGAUCCCUCUCUACACACAGCCAGAGACCACAGUCCCUCCACCACUACCCUCUACCCAUACCACUACCAUUUGGGUGGCUGUUUUUAAGAAGCAAAGUUCUUAAAUGAUCAUAGGCCUAGACACUCCAUACCUGCCAAACCCUCUCCCACCGUGGCCUUAAGAACAAAAAUACCUGUUGGAUGGAGACCCUCCAGACCCCAAGGGGAGGAUGUGGGCAGGGCCUGAGGUUUCGCCAACUGAAAUAAAUCCCUCCUGCAGGACCUAGCUCACAAAAAGAGCACAACAAAUGCUUUUGUCCCAUAGCUAGGACAUUGCCCAGGAAGUUAAUGUCGAAAAUAAAGGAAUCCUAAGUUUAAAA